AUGUUCGCUCGUCAAUCAUUCCGUUGCGCACAGCCUCUGAAGCAGAGUUUCCGCAAGUACUCUGCGGAGGCCGCUCCCAAGAAGUCCAACUUGACCCCCAUCUAUGUUGGCGUUGGUCUCGCCGGUCUCACCGCUGGUUUAUACCGCUACACUAACAGCGCUGUUGCUGAGCCCAAGGACCGUCCCAAGGUCUUCAACGGCGAGGACUGGGUUGACCUUAAGCUGGCCAACAUCGAGGUUCUGAGCGCUAACACUAAGCGUCUUCGCUUCGAGUACGAUGACAAGGAGGCUGUCUCUGGUAUUCCCGUUGCCUCUGCUCUGUUGACCCGCUUCAAGCCCGAGGGUGCUGAGAAGAAUAUCCUACGUCCCUACACCCCCACCAGUGAUGAGGAAAUCCCCGGUUACCUUGAGCUUGUCGUCAAGGCCUACCCCAACGGUCCCAUGUCUCAGCACUUGCACUCAAUGGCCGUCGACCAGCGCCUGUCCUUUAAGGGUCCUCUUGUCAAGUACCCCUGGGAUGCCAACAAGCACGAUCACAUCGCAUUGAUCGCCGGUGGCACCGGUAUCACCCCCAUGUACCAGCUCGCCCGUGAGAUCUUCAAGAACCCUGAAGACAAGACUAAGGUCACUCUGGUCUUCGGUAACGUCACCGAGGAGGAUAUCCUUCUGAAGAAGGAGCUCCAGGAUCUCGAGAACACUUACCCCCAGCGCUUCCGUGCUUUCUACGUCCUCGACAAGCCCCCUGCGGAGUGGACCGGUGGCAAGGGAUUCAUUACUAAGGAGCUCUUGAAGACUGUCCUCCCCGAGCCUAAGGAGGGCAACAUCAAGCUCUUCGUCUGUGGCCCCCCUCCCAUGUACAAGGCUAUCUCUGGUCCCAAGGUCAGCCCCAAGGACCAGGGUGAGCUCACUGGUAUCCUGGCCGAUCUGGGCUACUCCAAGGAGCAAGUCUUCAAGUUCUAG